GGAUAGGGUGUCUCGCAGCUCCAGACGGCCACGUCGGCCAGCCGUCGGCCACUCGCUUCGACUGGCAGGCUCCUACCCUUGCAGACAAAAAACGCAAACACGAGGACGAGGACGAAGGUUCGUUCAGUUCAAGACCAGACGAGGAGGAAGAGAGGCGCGCAAGCGGUCCGGUCUCAUGGCGCCCUUCCCCGCCCUCCGCUCAUCGUCGCCGGUGGCCGCCGCCGCGGCGCCGUCGCUCGGUCGCGUGUCCGGCCACGCAUCUGCGGCGCCCAGCAAGAGGCGCGUCGUCUCCUGCAGGGCCGUCAGCAGCAGGUCGCUGUCCAUCAUCAGGUGCGAGCAGAGCGCGAAGAAGGGCGGCGGGCCGGACACAUGGCUGGGCCGCGCGGCCAUGGUCGGCUUCGCCUCCGCGAUCGCCGUCGAGGUGGCCACCGGCAAGGGCUUCCUUCAGAACUUGGGCGUGGGUACUCCGGCGCCGACGCUGGCGCUGGCCGUGUCGGGGCUCGUCGUCGGCCUCGCCGUCUUCUUCCUGCUGCAGUCGGGAGGAGGCACGCGAGACUGACGACUGAUGGAACCCAUGAGCUGAGCUGAGCACGCGUCGAACAUCGUCUCCCCACUCGACAUCAGUCGUUGCUGUAAUGGUUGGUGAAGCGAAGAUGAAAACCCAGGACAUAUAUCAGCAUCAUGUCAUGUGUAACAAAGACGACAACUCUCAUGUGUUGGUGUUGUCUGCUGCUGUUGUACGACAUCCGCCGCUCGCU